AAAGAUGAGCAUGGAGCAACACUAAAUAAAAACCACCUAUCUUAACGGGUCAGAUACCAAUUAAAUAUAGAAAUUAGUCUCCCUCCUCUCCCUUUGAUCAUCCAACAUUACUUUCAAACAACUUUCUCUCUCCUCAAUAUCAAUUUACCACAUUUUACACUUUGUUUCUUAGCGAAUUUGAUCGGCAUUCUUUUGAGAGAAUUCGACCUUCCGAUUAUGUGGGUCGGAUUAAUGUGGCAUCGAAAACGAAGAAUAUCUGUUUGAUAUCUGAUGAAAAUGAAAUUCUGUGAAAUUAAGGUAUGAUUAUGUUCUUUAACCAAAUUCAGGAGAAAUGGGGUCUUUCCCACACCAGGCGGAUGGUUUAUGAUUGCUGUUGAAGUUCCAAUGGCUGUGAAGCGCUUAACUGUUACAACUACAUAGAUUCUAGCUCAAUACACUACUUAUAUAUAUUCUUAUGUAGGAGGGGUAUUAAAUCUGUUGAAAUUUUGGUCUCAACAUGAUGGAUCCAGAUACAUCGUUCACAGAGGUUGAUCUUAAACAAGAGAAGUUUGAAGAUGUAAAGGAUGAAAGUAAAAAAUUUAAUUGUGACCUUUGUGACAAGGAAAUGGUUAACAAGAUAGCAUUAGUUUUACUCGAAGGUUUAUCAACUGCAUGUGUUGACAACACGACGGGGGACAUCUUCAAAAGCCCUGGCACUGUGGUUGCAGAGAUAAGGAAGGAAAUGCUGGACUAUCUUACGGAGAGAAGUGAAUCCUUUGUUGCAGAAUCUUUUCUCUCAGAAGAGGGUCCUCAGGAGGAAAAAACUGACCAGCCAUCUGAAAUAAUUUCUGAUCUCAUCGAAGAUUUUGCUGGUCUUAACAGGAAUAUAUUGAGUCGGGUUUCUGGGUGGCUUCUUAGUGACCUGAGAGAAGACAAAAUUGAUGAUUUUGUACAAGAAAUGGAGUUGAACAGCUUCUGGUUGUUGGAUAGGAGGGAAGCUAUCGGUCAAACUCUCCUUAAAAAUAUAGACUUUAAGAAUGAAUAUCACUGCAAUAUGAAGUUCAAGUCCGAGGAAGAACUUGAACAACAUCGUCCACAUUGUGGUUUCAGGACAGUGUUAUGUGAGAAUGAGGGAUGCUGUGCCACAUUCAGUGCCGCUCAAAUGGAACAACAUGAUUCUGUCUGCCCCUUCAAGAUACUUCCUUGUGAGCAGAAGUGCCCAGAAAUUCUUAUGAGACGAGAAAUGGACAGGCACUGCAUUACUGUUUGUCCUAUGAAGCUUGUAAAUUGUCCUUUUUACUCUAUUGGCUGUCAAGCUACUGUUCCCAGUUCUAAUAUUAAAGAACACUGUUUGAAUGAUAUUCGUUCUCACUUGCUAUACGCUCUCCAAUAUCUUCACAAGGAAGCCUCAGCUGAGGAUUUGGCACCUCGAGCUGACCAGAUAAUACAGGAAUCCUCUGCUGGGCUGACAGGAACGCAGGGUGUGAGGUAUUUCACAAAAGCAGUCAAGGACCUUGACUCAAAGUUUGGGCCAUUGGAGGUUGCGAAGAAUCAUGUGGACAACGAGGAAGAUACAAAAAAGUCAAAUUCUGAAAAGCUUCCAUCAGAAGGAAAACUAGAACUGGAUUCCGAGCAGCUUCUUGAAGAAGACACAAAGAAAUCAGAAUUUGAACUACCUCCAGCAGAAGACAUGAAAAAACCCGAUGCUGAAGACCCAACAACACAAAACAAGAACAGGUCAGAAUCUGAACAGCCUUCGCCAAAAAGCCAAAAGAAGUAUGAGCUUUCGGCGGAAGAGUCAACGGUGUCAGAUACUGAACAGCCUACGGUAGAAUUCAUGAAAUCAGACCUUGAACUGCCUUCAUCCGAGCACAAGAAGAAAUUAAAUUCUGAGCAGCCUGCAACGGAAGACAUGGAGAACAAAAAUUGUAGGCAGCCUCCAGCAGAAGACCCAGAAAUGAUUCCAAUCAGUCUUUAGCUGCAGAUCAUAAUACAUUAGGUCCUAAACUGCCUGUCAUAGGGGCAACUUGGAAGUUAAAACAGCAGAUACUCUACUUUUCCAAGAUUUCAUGAACAUGGCUCCAUUCUUUUAUAUGCUUAUAGCUUGCUGAUGUGACGCCCUUUUGGGCUACUGGUUACAGUUUAAAUUUUGUAUCUUGUCCAUAUCACAUACUUGAGAUUACUAACAUCACACAACUUAGUUAUUUUCCCCUUUUUCUCGGCCAUGCAUUUUUAUUUCCUGCCAAGGCCUUAGGGGAGAAAGUGUAACCUUUAUGUAGACAUCUGUUCAAUGACUUCAACCAAAGAAUCUCGAUGUUUGCUUGCAAAAUUUUAA